AUGGAACGAGGGAAUGAAACGCAAAUUUCAGAAUUUCUUCUUCUGGGGCUUUCAGAGGAAUCCGAAUUGCAGCCCCUCCUAUUUGGUCUUUUCCUCUGCAUGUACCUGAUCACCGUGUGUGGAAACCUGCUCAUCAUCCUGGCCACCAUCUCAGCCUCUCACCUGCACACCCCCAUGUACUUCUUCCUCUCCAACCUGUCCUUCAUAGACAUCUGCUUCACCUCCACCACCAUCCCAAAGAUGCUGGUGAACAUCCAGACACAGAGCAAGGUCAUCACCUAUGCAGGCUGCAUCACCCAGAUGAACUUUUUCAACCUCUUUAUAGUGUUGGAUGACUGUCUCCUGACAGUGAUGGCCUAUGACCGGUAUGUGGCCAUCUGUCACCCCCUGCACUACACGGCCAUCAUGCACUUUCGGCUCUGUGUGUUGCUGCUUCUGGCGUCCUGGACCCUGAGUGUCCUGAAUUCCUUGUUACAUAGCUUAAUGAUGUUGCGAUUGUCCUUCUGCACACAGGGGGAAAUUCCCCACUUUUUCUGUGAAUUUAAUCAGGUGGUCCACCUUGCCUGUUCUGACACCUUUGUUAAUGACACGGUGGCGUAUUUUACAUCUGCGCUGCUGGGUGGCGUUCCUCUUGUUGGGAUCCUUUACUCUUACUGUAAGAUAGUUUCCUCCAUUCGUGCAAUCUCAUCCGCUCAGGGGAAGUACAAAGCCUUUUCCACCUGUGCCUCUCACCUCUCAGUUGUCUCCUUAUUUUAUUGUACAAUCCUAGCAGUGUACCUUAGUCCUGGUGCUACUCACAGCUCACUCUCAAGUGCAACAGCCUCGGUGAUGUACACUGUGGUCACCCCCAUGCUGAACCCCUUCAUCUACAGUCUGAGGAAUAAAGACAUAAAGAGGGCCCUGAAAGGAUUUCUCAGAUAG